CUGAGGGGAGCUCUGCUCCUCUGGGUGCUCUGCUCUCAGCAGGCCAUAUCCUCUCCAGACCUGCUGCAGUCUCCAGAUAUAAACCCCCCUUUGUUGGGCAGAGAGGUUGACUUGACUGAGCCUCAUGAUCAGUCAGGUGACAAAAUUGGGCACAAAAGCAGAACAGAAUGAGCAGCUGGGUGAGGGCAUUAGCUGCUGAUCUUGCCUCUUGACAGGCUGUGCUACUCCUCAGGGAAAAAUGAGUGCCUGGCCCUGUCCUCUGCUGUGGAGCUUCACCCUGCUGUGUCUCACAGGUAUUGCUUUAGGCCAGACAACCAGCACUGAUGUCCCCAUUUCAUCACCCCCAGCAGCUGCAAGUGCAACCAGCACUGAGACUAUUCCCAUUUCAUCAACUCCAGUGCCUCCCAGUGCAACCAACACUGAGCUUCCCAUUUCAUCAACCCCAGCAGCUUUAAGUACAGCCAGCACUGAGGCUCCCAUUGCAUCAACCCCAGCACCUCCCAGUGCAAGCACUGCUGCAGCCUCUGCUCCCCCAGCUGCUCCUGCAACACUCCCAGCUGGACUGACACCAACCACUGCAAGCCCUGCUGCAUCCACAGCAGCUCCAUCUGCUGCUCCAAGCACAAAAACCCCUGUUCAGACUCUGCCCAGCACCAUGGGGACUGUCCCCACCUCUCAAGCAUCUUCAGCAGUGAUGGGCACCUCCAGCAGUGCCCCAGUGUCCCCUCCAGGAGUGACCACAUCCCCUGGGCUCCCAUCAUCAGCUCCACUGCCCAGCACCCCCCAGCCCUCCACCUGCAGCACAGUGAAUGUGACAGCCUGUGCCCUCUGCCCCCCAGGGACAGUCCCCAACCCAGGCACCGUGAGCUGCUGGUGCUGCACGGGGGGCUCGUGCAGUGACCCCAGUGCCUGCAGCCCCUGCCCACCAGGCCACUUCCAGCCCCAGAGUGGGGAAUCAUCCUGCCUGCCCUGCCCACAGGGCUCUUACACCAGCUUCCCAAGGAGCACGGUGUGUCUUCCCUGCCCACCAGGACAUUUUGCUAACGAGUCUGGGGCUGCAGUCUGCAGAGCCUGUGGGCGAGGCUAUUUUAGCUCCAAGGAAAAUGCAGCUUUUUGUCUGCCUUGUCAGCCAGGAUCAUUUUGCAACACCAGCAGCUGCUCGGCCUGUGUGUCCUGUCCCGGGGGGCAGGAGGCUCCUCGGGAGGCGUCGGAGGGGUGCGAGUCCUGCCCGCCAGGUACGUUCAAAGGUCCCAGUGACAGCAGAUGCAGGGCCUGCAGGACAGGAGAGUACCAAUUACAGCGGGGCAAGGAGAGCUGUGACCUGUGCCCAGAGAGCCACUACUGCCCUAGCCCAGAUGUGAGCCCAGUCAAGUGCCCUCCUGAUGCUUUCUGCCCCGGGGGCAGCGUGGAGCCCACCUACUGCAUGGAGCUGUUCCUGUACAAGGCAGGGGACUCCUGCCAGCUGGCCCCUGCCACCAUCAUUGUCCUGGCCACCCUCUCAGCAGGUGGAAUCCUUGUUGUGUUUCUGAUCAUUCUGAGAAGGCGGCAAGAGCAUGGCAAGAAGUCCCUGAAGUCGCUGCUGCUGCCGCGGGGCGCGGGAGGACACGCCACGUACGGGGGCACAGAGCACACAGAGCCCGUCUAUGCUGGCUGGUAGCACAGCCACCCUCAGCAGCCACCUGAUCAUGGUGUGAUCCAACCCACAGGUGGUUCUGGGCAAGGUGUUCAACCACGAGCAACCUAUUUCUGUAUGGCGAAAAUCAGUGCCGGGAAAUAAAAGUCAGUUUUGGAGUUGUGGCUGUUUGUGCAAACCAGCCCAG